CCGAUAAUAUUCAUCAUCUGUUAUUUGUUUAUUUGUAAUUCAAUUUUAGAAUUUCGGGAUAGACCCUCUUAGUCACAUUUUUAAUUCAUGUGAUUACCAGCGUACCUAUGCUAAAGUCUGUUGGAAAAAAUCAAAACUUUCUACGCUUUUACUCAAAUAUGGCACAAGGAUUAGCCCUUAAAGACAUCAUCUCCAGGUUGGAGUCAUUUGCUCCACUCUCCUAUGCCGAAAAAUGGGAUAAUGUGGGACUAUUACUAGAGCCAUACAAUCAAGCUUCUGUCGAAAAAAUCCUGUUGACCAAUGAUUUGACAGAACGUGUCAUGAAGGAAGCUGUCGAGAAGAAGGUUAAUAUGAUUGUAUCAUAUCACCCACCAAUUUUUGCUCCUAUGAAAAGAAUAACGCAAAGCAAUUGGAAGCAACGUAUUGUGUCCAUGUGCUUGGGUCAAGGUAUUGCUCUCUAUUCGCCCCACACUGCUUGGGAUUCAACACUUGGCGGUGUAAAUGAUUGGUUAGCAAGUGCUUUGCCCGUUAAAGAUAUUCAACCCAUACAGCCCUUGGAGGGUUGCGGCAAUGAGAAUGUUGGCUCUGGUAGAAUUUUCUCCACAAAAAUGCAUUUGGACAACGUCAUAAAAGCUGUGCAAAACCACAUAGGUCUUGAUGUGCAUGUGGCAAUGGGUGUUGAACACUCUGGCAAAAGUGAGAUCAAAAAAGUAGCACUUUGUGCUGGUUCAGGAGCUACUCUUCUACGCGGUGUCAAAGCAGAUCUGUACAUUACCGGAGAGAUGUCGCACCACGAAGUGCUAGAUGCUAAUCACAACAAUGUCUCGGUUAUAUUGUGCAAUCACAGCAAUUCUGAGAGAGGCUUUCUAAAAACUUUCCAACCAAAGCUGGAUGAUAUGCUAAAUGGUCAGUGUGAGAUUUUUGUGGCCGAAACGGAUGAAGAUCCCAUCAAGACGUACAAGAAAUAAAAGCAUCACAACCAAAAAGGACCAUCAGAGCAUUUCUUUUGUUAUUUUUCUCUUUUUGCAGAUAUUUUUAUUAUUUUUAGUUAUUCUUUUUUUUUAUAAAUAUGAACUAACUAUAGUAUAAAAAUGGAAAUGUGAAAUUUUAUUUAAAAUAAAAAUGACAUAACUGAA